AUCAAUGAGUUGAGCCAUGUUCAGAUCCCUAUCAUGUUGAUGCCUGAUGACUUCAAGGCCUACUCCAAGAUUAAGGUGGACAAUCACCUAUUCAACAAGUAAGUCUACACACAAACACUAAUCCAGCGUUUCCCAAACUAGGGGUAGUGACCUCAUGUGGGAUCGCCUGAUUUAAAAAUAGGGUCUCUAUCUUUUGAACGGUUUUAAGCUACAAAAUAUUAUGACCCUCAGGACUCUCAGGAACGCGUAUGUGUCUUCGGUUUCCCUCUACUAUUCCCACAAGCUGGGCACUGAGUGGGAAAGACCAGGCACUACAUCAGACUGAUCAUACAAAAUAAUUGCCUGAUGAUCUUCUGAACUUCCCAAUACGUUUUGGAUGCAUUUCAGUCACUUCAAACAUACUUCCUUCAGACUGAAAUACUGUAAGACUGAAAUACUGUCAGACUGGUUUGUAAUAGACUGUCAUAGUCCUGUUAGUAAACAUUGUCUGUUGAUUACAUAACUGUUUUUUACAUGUUGGGGUCGCAAACAUUCUUUUGAUAUCAAAAUGUGGUUGCGGGCCAAAAAAGUUUGCGAACCUCUGCACUAAUCUAACCGCGAUCUAAUGUUAAAUGUGUGUGUGUGUGUGUGUGUGUGUGUGUGUGUGUGUGUGUGCAGGGAGAACAUGCCGAGCCAUUUCAAGUUUAAGGAGUACUGUCCUUUGGUGUUCCGCAACCUCAGAGAGAGGUUUGGCAUCGACGACCAGGAUUUCCAGGUACACAGAGUGAACAUUUCCCUUCUCCUCUCACACCCUCUCUGUCUGUCUCCCUUCUUCUUUCACUCCCUCUCGGUCUGUCUCCCUUCUUCUCUCUCUCUGUCUGUCUCCCUUCUUCUCCCUCUCCCUCUCUGUCUGUCUCCUUUCCUAUCUGUCUCCCUUCUUCUUUCACUUCCUCUCUGUCUGUCUCCCUUCUCUCUCCCUCUCUUGUUAUUUCCAUUCUCCUCUCUCUCCUCUCUGUCUGUCUCCCUUCUCUCUCCCUCUCUGUCUGUCUCCCUUCUCUCUCUCUCCCUCUCUGUCUGUCUCCCUUCUUCUCUCUCUCCCUCUCUGUCUGUCUCCCUUCUUCUCUCUCUCCCUCUCUGUCUGUCUCCCUUCUUCUCUCUCUCCUCUCUGUCUGUCUCCCUUCUUCUCUCUCUCCCUCUCUGUCUGUCUCCUUCUUCUCUCUCUCCCUCUCUGUCUGUCUCCCUUCUCUCUCUCUCCCUCUCUGUCUGUCUCCUUCUCUCUCACCCUCUCUGUCUGUCUCCCUUCUUCUCUCUCUCCCUCUCUGUCUGUCUCCCUUCUUCUCUCUCUCCCUCUCUGUCUGUCUCCCUUCUUCUCUCUCUCCCUCUCUGUCUGUCUCCCUUCUUCUCUCUCUCCCUCUGUCUGUCUCCACUUCUUCUUCACUCCUCUCUCUGUUCUCCCUUCUUCUCUCACUCCCUCUCUGUCUGUCUCCCUUCUUCUUUCUCUCCCUCUCUGUCUGUCUCCCUUCUUCUCUCUCUCCCUCUCUGUCUGUCUCCCUUCUCCUCUCUCUCCCUCUCUGUCUCACUCCCUUCUUCUCUCUCUCCCUCUGUCUGUCUGUCUCCCUCAUCUUGCCCUUUCUUUCAUGUUUUAUCUUCAAGUUUCUCUCCUUUCUUUGUCUGCCUGCCUGCCUAAAGCUCUAUUCCCAGGGUAGUGUGUGUGUUCUGUGUUGGCAUUAUGGGAGGUCAUUGGUUCUGGUCCUCUGCAGCUGUCUCAUGUUUAUAUUACGGUGGAGGGGGAAGAACCACCCAUGGAGGAUGGAGGGGGCUAGAAAAGGGUGGGGUAGUUCUGGAUCCGGGGUGGCUCUGGAGGGCAUCAGCUGUGUGCCAGGAGGUAGGAGGGGUUCAGGGGGGGCAGGCGGGUGCCACAACCCCAGGGGAAGGAGGGGUGUCUGUCGACACUCACACACGGUGUUGCCGGUGUAGGGCUGGGCAGUUGGAGUCUGCAGUAGCAGGAUAAAAGGCCUUGGUGGCCUGCCUGACUACAGUAGUCUGACACUCACACAGUCCGCCUCUCUCUCCAUCUUUCUUCUCUCUCGCGCUCUCAUUCUCUGUAGAUUCAAACACUGUUUCCUAUUUUUACAGAAAUUAGUGAUUGACUCUUUUCUCUCUUGCUGUAGAACUCCCUGACCCGUGCGGCUCCGUUGAACAGUGAUGCCCAGGGUCGGAGUGGUGCUCGCUUCCACACCACCAACGACAAACGCUACGUCAUCAAAACCAUCACCAGCGAGGAUGUGGCCGAGAUGCACAACAUUUUCAAGAAGUACCACCAGGUAGAGACGCGCGCGCGCGCACACACACACACACACACACACACACACACACACACACACACACACACACACACACACACACACACACACACACACACACACACACACACACACACACACACACACACACACACACACACACACACACACACACACACACACACACAAGCAAGCAAGCCUAAAGAAGUGCCAAAGUGAGUCUUACACCCCCCCCUCCCCCCCUCCCAGUUCAUAGUAGAGUGUCAUGGCAACACGCUGCUGCCUCAGUUCCUGGGGAUGUACCGCCUCACGGUGGAUGGAGACGAGACCUACAUGAUCGUCACCAGGAACAUCUUCUCCCACCACCUCUCCGUCUACAAAAAAUAUGAUCUGAAGGUAGGUGGGGAGAUGGGGAGGGGGCAGGCAGGGCAGCAGUUGCAGGCUUACAAAAGGAAAUAAAUAAUAACAUGUCUGACAUCUUUCUGUCUGUCAGGGCUCCACUGUGGCCAGGGAGGCCAGCGACAAGGAGAAGGUACAGUAAUUUACACACACACAACCAGAUCCGGACCUAUACAUGGUGUGUUUAAUGUAUUUAUAUAGACACUGAUUGUGGAUUCUGAUUCCUGUCCACUCCCUGUACUAUAAAAGCCAUGUGUAGGGAGGGAGAGAGAGAGCUGUGUGUUCAGACCUGGUCAUUUAAACCAACACAGCUUCUGUCCAUUACCUACCUGACCAGCCCUUCUGUCUGGGGGGGGGGGUAUUCAAACCAUCCAUCCUUUUCUGUUAAGACCCCUGCCUAUACCUGCCCAUUUUACUCCACAUGCUAUUGCACGCUCUGUGUCUUCAGUUCAGUUUGCUCCAUCAGUUUACUACUGCUACAGCAGUCCCAUCUCUUCCCCUGCUUGCUGUCUGUGUGUGAGAGACUGAGGUGUGUGUGUUUUACGUUGCUGGAUUAUUUGAUCAGAUGCUGUUUGUUGUAUGAGGCGGUUUUCUGGUAAUGAGAGCAGACUUUCUCUGAGUGGGAAUUAUUGAAUGAAUGAUUCAGCCCAUAGCCAUACAUUGUAAAUAUAUGGCUUUGAUUCAGCCAAUGGCAGUUGUACAAACAGACCACAAGCUUUGUGAUUCUGCAACCUUCCCUGUCGGCAGGAACUUUCCCUGCAGUGUGGAAAAGAUUCUGAGUGUCACUGAGUGUGAUAUGGUAUGAACUGGCUUGUGAGACUGUGUGAACUUUGCAGCAUACUGUAUUUGGACGUUGUGUGUGUAGUCAGGUCAUCAUUUGACCCUGAAAGGCCGGAUCUUUCCUCUGGCGACUGUAGAAGCUCGGCCGGGUGGAACACCAGAACCAGCGGGGUGCUCUGAAUAUAGCCCUCUGAGGAAGAGAAUAGAGUUAAAUGGAAGUAGAGAAGCAGAUGAUUACACAGUACUCUCUCUCCUGUCAGCUGGUUUGUGAAAAUACGUGAUUAAAGUGACAAUACUUAUUGCUGACAGAUCAGCGAUAAGACUAGCCAAGAUAUGGAAGGACUUGAAUUGUUCAUUUUACUACAGCAACUACUACCACAAGAAUCUACUACUGCUUCUGCCGCCGCUGCUUUUACCACAUUUCCAGCGUUCACAGGCCUUCAAGUUGUGCUCUGUUUUGUCCCACAGGUUUAACAGACAAUGUACACGCGUGUAAACGGGCAUGCCUUGGCCUUAACAGACAAUGUACACGCGUGUAAACGGGCAUGCCUUGGCCAUCCACCAUCACUGUUCAAUUACAUGACUUGUGAAUUAAUUAAACGCCUUCUGACAUCGAGUGUAGUCACGUGUGUGUAUGUCCGGGCAUGAGUACAUGCACUCUCAUGUUCAGACUGGCUUUAGAAACACACAUUUCCUGCAUUUCCUAGGUUAUGUUGUGUAAUUCCAGUCUGGAUAAAUUGUGACUGAGAUGGAUCCAUAGACUGCUGUGUAUUUAUAAAUACUGGAGGGGUGAAUGAAGGUACAGUGUUGUUAGGUGGGGGUAAUGUGUAUAACAGUGGUAUGGUGUCACACACAAACAACAAGCACUCUUGACUGACUGCAUGCCCCCCCCCCUCUCUCUCUCUCUCUCUCUCUCUCUCUCUCUCUCUCGCUCUCGCUCUCUCUCUCGCUCUCUCUCGCUCACUAUCUCUCUCUCUCUCUCUCUCAUUUAUAUAUUUAUUUAAAUAUAUAUAUAUAUGUGUGUAUAUGUGUUCUCUGCAUGGUCCUGCAUCUCUAGGCUUGUUUCUCCAACACCCCGACCAACCUCACCAUGUGUGGAGACACCACUGUGUGCUGCAUGCUGUGGACUCACGUCCUACUGUCCUCACAUGGAACCUGGAUUUUUGUUUACGUAGCUUCAUUUGUUGAAUACUCUGCCAUGUGAGCUAGAUUGUUGAGAUAUGACGUCACUUCAAAUAUAUUCCACUUAGCAGACGCUUUGAUCCAAAGCGACUUGCGGUACAGUGAGAGCAUACAAUUUAGUUUGUGUAUGUGAUCCCUGCGGGAAUUGAACCUGCGACCUUGGCUUUUCUAGCAGCACUUGCCAGGCUGUACGCUCUUUAAGAAGCUCUCUCUCCUUGCCGCGCACUAAAGUAAUACAGUUUGUGUAUUUCUUAAACACUUUCCUUCCAACUUCCUUCCUUUCCCCGGCUCUCUCCUCUCCUCCUCCCUCCCUCGCUCCCCUCUUCUAGCAGCCACGCCCUCCUGAGGAUGCGCCCCCGCGGCCCAAAUCUAACGUUCAGCAAAGGCUGCAAACACUGCGGAUCGCCACGCGCUUUUACUGCGCCAUGAAACACGUAAGAGACGUAAGAAACAAGGCCAGGCAUGCUCUCUAUCUCUCUCUCUAUCUCUCUCUCUAUAUAUAUAUAUCUCUCUUUCGCUCUCUCUCCCUCUCUCUCUCUCGCUCUCUCUCUCUCUCUCUUUUCUCUCUCUCUCUCUCUCGCUCUCUCUCUCUCUCUCUCUCUCUAUAUAUAUAUAUCUCUAUAUAUAUAUCUCUCUCUCUCUUUCGCUCUCUGUCUGAUCAAUCGUAUUGUAGAACCAAGGCCAGUCAUACUCAAUCUAUCAGAUCAAUCGUUUCUCAUUUUAUUUUCAUAGCUUUUUUCAGAUUCAUGUAACGACGGAUACAGGACACCUGCAAUGGACUGACGUGUAGUAAAGAGAGAGACGGACCUGGCUUAUUCUGGAACACCUUUUCAUACUGCUGUUUUCUUCCCUUUGGCUCUCAACCAAUCACUUUCACUUCCUGUCCCUCUCAAAAACACACACAGAUGAUGCUGUACCUCAGGGAGUGUGUGUGUGUGUCUGAAAUGGCACCCUAUUCCCUAGAUAGUGCACUACACCCCCUGGCUUAAAGUAUUGCACUAUAUAGGGAAUAGGGUGCCUUUUACAGACGCAGCCUGUGUGUAGCUGAUACAGAUGACCAUUCAGUAUUGACGGGCAGAGAGAGACACAGACAGCUGUUGUCUGAGCACAGCACCACUGGGCUACAGUGGAUCACCACAUGGCUACAGUGGAUCACCACCUGGCUACAGUGGAUCACCACCUGGCCUCUCCUUCCUGACUACUAAUCACACUCCAGUUCUAUCACUACGUGUUUACAGUUUAGUCAUUUAGCAGACACUCUUAUCCAGAGCCACUUACAGUAGUGAGUCAUUUAGCAGACACUCUUAUCCAGAGCCACUUACAGUAGUGAGUCAUUUAGCAGACACUCUUAUCCAGAGCCACUUACAGUAGUGAGUCAUUUAGCAGACACUCUUAUCCAGAGCCACUUACAGUAGUGAGUCAUUUAGCAGACACUCUUAUCCAGAGCCACUUACAGUAGUGAGUCAUUUAGCAGACACUCUUAUCCAGAGCCACUUACAGUAGUGAGUCAUUUAGCAGACACUCUUAUCCAGAGCCACUUACAGUACUGGAGUGCAUACAUUUUCCUACUUUUCCGUACUGGUCCCCCGUGGGAAUCGAGCCCACAACCCUGGCGUUGCAAACGCCAUGCUCUACCAACUGAGCCACACGGGACCAUCAUCACACCAACCUGUUUCUUUUUAUUUACCUGGAGGUUUUGCUGUAUAUUUUGUGAUACUCCAGUUGGUGAUCUGGUGCAGUUCUCCUGUUCUCUCUCCCCAAGCUGAGGCAGUUUCACUAUCCAGCAUCACAUCCGAUGAGCGACAUCACUCACAUCCGAUGUGUCACAAACUUCCUGUAGUGCAUGUGAUGAUGGUGAUGCCCAUAGAGAUCAUAUAUGCAAUUCUAUGAUGAUGCUGUUCAAAAACGGACUUUGGUCACCUGACUGAAGGCCUCCUCCCCCCCCCCCCCCCCCCCCUCUCUCUCUCUCUCUCUCCGCCCCCCCCCCCCCCCCCCUCUCUCUCUCCUCUCCCCCCCCCCCCCCCCCCUCUCUCCCCUCUCCACCCCCUCCCCUCUCUCUUUCUCUUUUUCUAUCACUUUCUUGGCUGUUUUCAUCCUACUUCAUCUGUUCUGCUUCUCUACCAUAUCACCCCAGUCUACCUCUGAACCAUUAUGUGCAGUACCUUAUAUACUGCUUGUAUGGCCUUGUCUGUACUUACCUGAACUGAUAAUUGACCUAUUAGAGGGGUUGAUCAGGAAGAUGGGUGUUUGGGAAGAGAUUGAGGAUGCAUGGAUAGAAUGGGUGGCUGGAUAUCUGGAAUGUAUAUUAUUUUCAGGAUGCUGUCAGUCGUUGGUACUAGUGUGUCUACCUGCUGUUUGACUCUCCACAUUAUUACAACGUUCACCCAUUUGAGUGUGCAAGGGUGCCUCGGCCUUCACAGCAUUGUUUGUGGUCUGUGUGUUUGUUGCUAUAUGUAUGUGGGUUUGUGUCCAUCUGUGACAUAAUUCUGUGUGUGUAUCCAUUGCCGUGUGUUCGAUCUUGGCUCAGUGUGUGUGUGUGUGUGGCUGAUUUCCUGGUGCUGCUGUAGAAUUGCUUCUGUCAGCUCCCUGAGCAGAGCUGCUGCUGUGACCUCAUUUCCUGCUCACACCUUCCUCAGUGCCACAGAAUAAUGCCCCCUCCUGACUCACAUUACACACCAGCGCCCCCUCACAGACCACAGGCCACACAUGGUACUGCAGCCAGAUGGCCCAAUGGAAACUCACAUGCCCCAUAGAGCUCCCGCUGUCUGUUUCGAACUGCUGCUAUGUGGGUGUCACAGAAAAACAUGAUUCAUAUCACUUUAUUCAAUUAGUCAGUCAGUUAGAGGAUCAUUUUAAAGAGUGUAAAUUCUGGCUCUUUUUCUUAGUAGUGCAAAUAGCUAUAGAGUCCAGGUGUGUCCUCUGCUGUCCUGACUGUGUUUUGUCUGUGCGGGGCGUCAGGCCAAGGAGCUGCCCACCUACAAGGACAACGACUUCAUCAACGAUGGACAGAAGAUACACAUCGACGACGACAACAAGAAAAUGUUCCUGGAGAAACUACAUAAAGACGUGGAGGUGUGUGUGUUGUGUGUGUGUGGUUCUGUUAUUUCCUCUGAUGUGAGGGAGUGAAUACUUGGGUCUGGAUUCAUCCGGUCUCCCUCUUACCCAACAUGAUUUUCUCCUCUUUUUCUCUCUCCGUUAAUUUAUUCUGUGUGUCUACGCCCUCUCCCUCCCUCCCUCCCUCCCUCUCUCCCUCCAGUUCCUGGCCCAGUUGAAGCUGAUGGACUACAGUCUGCUGGUGGGGAUCCAUGACGUGGAGCGGGCUGAGCAGGAGGAGGUGGAGAGUGAGGACAACGAGGGGGACGAUGAAGGGGAGAGUGAUGGAGGAAUAGGCUCUCCCCCUGACUCCCCCAGUAACACCCUGGACAGCACCAAGCCCCUGUCCCCCGGGGAGUUUGACCCCACCAUAGACGUCUACGCCAUCAAGAGCAAUGACGGUGAGUGGAGAGAAAGGGAGAGAAGGACGGGUACAGGAGACUAAAAAUAAAAAGUUGGUCAGAAAUGCCAAAUAGAUGAGCAGUAUGGUUGACAGUCCUUGUAGCUCUCUGGUAUCCCUCAUGUUAUGUCAUUACAGAUAUAGGGAUUCUCUUGUGUGUCUGUGUGUUCAGGUGCUCCUAGGAAGGAGGUGUACUUCAUGGCGGUCAUUGACAUUCUGCAGCAUUACGAUGCCAAGAAGAAGGCCGCUCACGCUGCCAAGACCGUCAAACACGGAGUGAGUGAGUGAGUGAGUGAGUGAGUGAGUGAGUGAGUGAGUGAGUGAGUGAGUGAGUGAGUGAGUGAGUGAGUGAGUGAGCCUGCGCCUUGUUUGGUGUGAUUGUUGUGUGAUUGUGUUUCUUCCCUUGACUGACUGUCCUGCACCAUGUGUGUCUCCCCUGCAGGCAGGAGCUGAGAUCUCCACGGUGAACCCAGAGCAGUACUCCAAGAGGUUCUACGACUUCAUCACCACCAUUCUCUCAUAGCCUCCGGGAGUAGACGGGGGGGUUGAGAGUGGAGGUGGUUUUGA